GGGGUUUAAAAACCGCAUAUCCAUUGCCUCGGAUAUUUUGUCGCAGUCUCUCUCCCUCAGUGGAAAUAUAAGGCCACUGAGGGCCCAACUCCCUCCGUCUGCGCCGCCUCCUCGUUCUCUCAUCGCUUUCUUGAACAAACAAUUUUCAUACAGAGCAAUUUUGUAAAUUUAAAAAGUAGGCAAAAUGGUGAAGUUCACAGCUGAUGAGCUUCGGAAAAUUAUGGACUUGAAGCAUAAUAUCCGUAACAUGUCUGUUAUUGCACAUGUUGAUCACGGAAAGUCCACCCUCACUGAUUCCCUUGUGGCGGCUGCUGGUAUUAUUGCCCAAGAAGUUGCUGGUGAUGUCCGAAUGACAGAUACCCGCCAGGAUGAAGCUGAGCGAGGUAUCACCAUCAAGUCCACUGGUAUCUCCCUUUACUAUGAAAUGUCUGAUGAUUCAUUGAAGAGCUACAAGGGAGAGAGGCAAGGGAAUGACUACCUUAUCAACCUCAUUGAUUCCCCUGGGCAUGUUGACUUCUCAUCUGAGGUCACGGCUGCCCUUCGUAUUACUGAUGGUGCACUUGUGGUAGUAGAUUGUGUUGAGGGCGUGUGUGUACAAACAGAAACUGUCCUUCGACAGGCUUUGGGUGAAAGGAUCCGACCUGUCUUGACUGUUAACAAGAUGGAUAGGUGUUUCCUUGAGCUCCAGGUUGAUGGGGAGGAGGCUUACCAGACAUUUCAGAGAGUUAUUGAGAACGCAAAUGUUAUUAUGGCCACAUAUGAGGAUCCUCUCCUUGGUGAUGUUCAGGUGUACCCUGAGAAAGGAACAGUUGCUUUCUCAGCUGGGUUGCAUGGCUGGGCUUUCACUCUAACCAAUUUUGCUAAGAUGUAUGCCUCCAAAUUUGGUGUUGAUGAGUCUAAGAUGAUGGAACGCCUCUGGGGUGAAAACUUCUUUGACCCUAGCACCAAAAAGUGGACCACCAAGAAUACUGGCUCUCCUACAUGCAAACGAGGGUUUGUUCAGUUUUGCUAUGAACCCAUCAAACAGAUAAUCAGCACUUGCAUGAAUGAUCAGAAAGAUAAGUUAUGGCCCAUGUUGCAAAAGCUUGGUGUCACCAUGAAGGCCGAUGAGAAGGAUUUGAUGGGGAAACCCUUGAUGAAACGUGUCAUGCAAUCCUGGCUUCCAGCUAGCAGUGCCCUCUUGGAAAUGAUGAUAUUUCAUCUCCCUUCUCCUGCUAAGGCUCAAAAGUACCGUGUUGAAAACCUCUACGAGGGGCCCCUUGAUGAUCAAUAUGCCAAUGCUAUAAGAAACUGUGAUCCCGAUGGCCCCCUUAUGCUCUAUGUGUCCAAGAUGAUUCCCGCUUCUGACAAGGGAAGGUUCUUUGCCUUUGGUCGUGUGUUUUCUGGUAGAGUUGCAACUGGUUUAAAGGUUAGAAUCAUGGGUCCCAACUAUGUUCCUGGUGAGAAAAAAGACCUGUAUGUUAAGAGUGUACAGAGAACCGUCAUUUGGAUGGGAAAGAGGCAGGAAACCGUGGAGGAUGUACCAUGUGGGAAUACUGUUGCUAUGGUUGGUUUGGACCAAUUUAUCACCAAAAAUGCUACCUUAACAAAUGAGAAGGAAGUUGAUGCUCACCCAAUCCGGGCAAUGAAGUUUUCUGUCUCACCAGUCGUUCGUGUGGCUGUGCAGUGCAAGGUUGCCUCAGACCUUCCCAAGCUGGUUGAGGGCCUGAAACGUCUUGCAAAAUCUGAUCCUAUGGUGGUCUGUACCAUUGAAGAGUCUGGAGAGCACAUCAUUUCAGGUGCUGGAGAGCUACACCUUGAGAUCUGUUUGAAGGAUUUAGUAGAUGAUUUCAUGGGCGGUGCUGAAAUUAUAAAGUCGGAUCCUGUGGUGUCCUUCCGUGAGACGGUCCUUGAGAAGUCAUGCAGGAUUGUUAUGAGCAAGUCACCUAACAAGCAUAACCGUCUAUAUAUGGAAGCUAGACCAAUGGAGGAGGGUCUUGCUGAGGCCAUUGACGAAGGACGGAUUGGCCCAAGGGAUGAUCCCAAGGCUAGAUCCAAAAUUUUGUCUGAGGAGUUUGGUUGGGAUAAAGAUCUAGCGAAGAAAAUCUGGUGUUUUGGCCCUGAAACCACUGGCCCAAACAUGGUGGUUGAUAUGUGUAAGGGAGUUCAGUACCUCAAUGAAAUCAAGGAUUCAGUUGUUGCUGGGUUCCAAUGGGCAUCAAAGGAAGGGGCACUGGCAGAAGAGAACAUGAGGGGUAUUUGCUUUGAGGUUUGUGAUGUGGUGUUGCAUGCCGAUGCUAUUCACAGAGGAGGCGGCCAGAUCAUCCCAACUGCUAGGAGGGUUAUUUAUGCUUCUCAGCUGACUGCGAAGCCUCGUCUACUGGAACCUGUAUACUUGGUGGAAAUCCAAGCACCGGAGCAAGCCCUUGGAGGAAUCUACAGCGUUCUGAAUCAGAAACGAGGUCACGUGUUUGAGGAAAUGCAGAGGCCGGGUACCCCCCUCUACAACAUCAAGGCUUACCUUCCUGUCGUCGAGUCAUUUGGAUUCUCGGGCACUUUGAGGGCAGCAACUUCAGGACAGGCUUUCCCGCAGAGUGUAUUCGAUCAUUGGGAUAUGAUGUCAUCUGACCCAAUGGAGCCUGGUUCACAGGCAGCGACCCUUGUUUCAGAUAUCCGCAAAAGGAAGGGUUUGAAGGAGCAGAUGACACCGCUUUCUGAGUUCGAGGACAAGCUGUAAGUCGUCGUUUAGGUAGCUAGGUGAGUGCUUCUCAAUUGACUUCUUAUUUCAGAAAUACAUAGAGAGUAAUUCUGGGCAUCAUUAUAAUUUUGUUGUGUUUGUUUUUUUCUUUUUCUUUUUCACAGUUUUUCUCUUGAGUAUGAGAGUGAGUCUGGUCAUCGUUGUAGCGUAUAAGUUCCCUUUUUUUGCUAGGAUUUGAUGCUCAGGUCUUUUUAGACGUGGCUUUUUACUGUGAAGGGCAAUUCGAUUAUCUUUCUAUUUUACAUGUUCUCCGGAUUUAUUUAUAUUUUACUCUUGGCUGGUAAUAAUUUGUGCCCUUGUUUAUU